AUGUCGCUCCUCAAAGCCGCAGUUGCGGUUUCUCUCGUUGGGCUGUACUCCGGCCCUGCUUCUGUCAUCAGGCAAGCGCGAGAAACACGCUUGAAAUUCCUAGAGACUCCUGAUCGUAGUCGUACAUCGGUUAUGCGGCAUUUGAUGUGCGCCCUCCUCGUACCUUCUCUCGACCCUCCGUGUGUUGUACGUGAAUAUAGAUGCGUGUGGUUUGUGUGUGCCUUCAGCAGCCAGGAAACCACCUGCUUUGAGCAGGGCGUCGAUUACCACGGCUAUGAUAUCCUCACCCUAAGCGGCGUGGGCAGCCCUUCGCUCUGCAUGGAGAGCUGCGGCCUCUCUGGAGAUUGCCGCUACUGGUCGUGGAACUCGGAAACAAAUACGUGCUAUCUGAAGUCGGCGGGAGCCUUCGUGAAUCGCACAAACGCAGAAAAAGUCAUCUCAGGCCCCAGAAGUUGCCACGACGAAGAUGGAUGUACGCCGCCUAUUUGCCUGAACUCUGAGAGGAGUCGCAGCGGCUCCGCAGGGCCUUGCUCGCCCAAGGUCUGUCUGUCAGCAGGCUUCAGCGAGGGGGUAGACUACCUGGGCUACGAUUUAACGCGCAUCGAGGGCCAGGAAGUGGCCUCGGCUGCCGCCUGCCAAGCCCUCUGCGUGGCUGAACCCAAAUGCGCAUUCUUCAGCUACAAGAUUUCUAGCAAGGACUGCUACUUAAAGACGGCAGCCGCCCCCAUGGGACGUGCAGUAGACGCAAACGUCAUCUCAGGGCCAAGAGACUGCUCGCAAGUCAGCACAGCCGACGAGGCUCCUGGUGACGCGUACGAUCUCCCGAGCGGAAACUGCGCGGAGGGCAGCACAGAGUACAGAGGCCGUGACAUCGACGUUCGAAAGAACGUUCGCAGUGCCGCCUUCUGCCAGCAGCUGUGCGCCGCCAACACCGCCUGCUUCCACUGGACGUGGGACAGAAACCGACACAUAUGCUACCAGAAGGACGAAUUCGCCACAGAAUUCAGAUCUACCGGCAGGCAUACUCUCGGCAAGGUGUCCGGCGCGAAGGACUGCAUUCCUCUGAACCCUGGCUGCCAGAUGCUGGACACGACGUUCUUGGGCACUGCCAAGCGCCAGCUGCGAAAUUCUGCAACCUACGAGGCUUGCCAGCACAACUGCCAGAUGGACAGCACCUGCCACUACUGGACUUGGGAUUUGUACAGCAAGCUCUGCGUGCUGCGAGAUGAGGCUCCCUACGGAUACGUCACCGACGCUUCAACCGUUGGCAUCCUCGCAGGCCCCAAGUACUGCCCUAAUGACGACGUCUGCAUAGAGCAGGCGGACUAUGUGGGCUACGACCUGGAGGCGAUCGAAGACGGCAGCGUCUUAAGCGCUGUGGCUUGCCGCACCAUAUGCCGCCACACCGAAGGCUGCGAGUUCUGGACCUGGGUAAAAGCGACGAAGAACUGCUACCUCAAGACUGAAGACGCGCUCCUGGGGAAGACCAAUGGGCUUUCUAGCAUUGGGAGGUUCUCCGGGCCAAGAGAAUGCUUCAUGCAAUAUGGUUAG